CAUUAGGAGCGCAGUUAGAAGAUGCGUCUCUGCUCUGUUUCACUUAUGUCACUUAGUUAAGGUUUUGAUUCGGUGGGAAGACCGGUCUGUUUCCAACUAACCUCACCACUUAUCUGUGCCAGUCCCUGAGCACUGGAAUCCAUCGCUCAGUCACAUGGCAGCACUGGAGACGCUGGAUGGUAGCCCUGCCCUUUACGCAUGAUCUCCCUGCCAACAUACAUUACAGGCUAUAAGCACAAGGCUCCGCGCUUCCCUCCCGAGGACAUAUGGAUCCGACACCGGAACGCAUCAGCGGCGGCACAUUUUGACUUGCUUUUCCCUUCCCCUCCACUCAAUGAAGAUCGCUUCUAUUUACUCAUUUCUCCCCGUUUCUGAUCUUUUUCCCCAUGGAUAUCUACGCCUCCACGUUAUCACCGGAGCUGGACAUCGGCACAGGCUGUUACCUGCUGGUUUUAACUGUGCUCUCCAUCAUGGGAAACUUGCUCGUCCUCAUCAUGGCAUUCAAAAGGUCAUCGAGGAUGAAGCCACCUGAGCUGCUGAGUGUGAAUCUGGCUCUGACAGACCUGGGAGCAGCUGUCACCAUGUAUCCUCUGGCGGUGGCCUCAGCCUGGAACCACCGCUGGCUUGGAGGAGAUGUCACCUGCAUUUAUUACGGCCUGGCUGGGUUCUUCUUUGGCAUCGCCAGCAUCAUGAACCUGACCGUCUUGGCCAUCGUGCGUUUCAUCGUGUCCCUCAGUCUGCAGUCUCCCAAGGAGAAAAUUGGUUGGAAGAAGGUGAAGCUGCUGUGCAUGUGGACGUGGUUGUAUGCUCUGGUCUGGGCUCUGUUUCCCAUCCUGGGCUGGGGUCGGUAUGGGCCAGAGCCCUUUGGACUGUCCUGCUCUCUGGCCUGGGGACAGAUGAAACACGAGGGCUUCUCUUUUGUCAUCACCGUGUUCUCCUUCAACCUGGUCAUACCUUCCAUCAUCAUCAUCUGCUGCUACUUUGGCAUCACCAUCAAGCUCUACGUCACCUACAAGAAGUCGAUGAACAACAGCAAUCGAAUCCCAAAUAUUGUGAAGCUCCAUCGGAGGCUGUUAGUAAUUUCUGUUUUGAUCAGCAUCGGCUUCAUUGGCUGCUGGGCGCCCUACAGUUUAGUGAGCCUGUGGUCGAUUUUCCGCGACAGCAGUGCGAUCCCGCCCGAAGUCAGCUUGCUGCCGUGCAUGUUUGCCAAGAGCUCCACCGUGUACAACCCCCUGAUCUACUACUACUUCAGCCAGAGCUUCAAAACCGAGGUGAAGCAGCUGCCGUGGCUGUGUCUGGGCGCGAACCCAUGCAGCGUCCCCAACAGAGUCAACGACAACAGCAUCUACAUGGCCAGAGUUGACGUCAAACCCAAAGUGGCAACACCGUUGAAUCUGCAGGAGAUCACAGAGAUCAAGACGGUGACUUUGGGUUGAAGGAUUUGGUCGUUCCUUGGGACAUGCGCUGGGAGAAAGACAAGUGAAAAGAUCUCAUAAUGUGUUUUCUCAAAAACAUCAUCAGAGAAGGAAGCAGAUGUUGUUUUCUGAUACAAGUGGUGUGUGGUAUCAUAUCAUCAUGCUGGGCUUAUUUUUAAUGUGACAAGGAUGAACGAGAAGGUGUGUUUGCACUGUGUGUUAAAUGUUGUGAAAGCUGGCAAACGGAGCUAUGAAAGGGAGCAAAAUUUGUGCUUGGGGUUGGCAUCCAUUUAAGUAGUAAUGCUACGCCUAAAGAAGGCAGCACGGCAGUCUUUGAGAGCAGAAUGUCGCCAUAAUCUCAGCCUUGUUACAUCACAUGUGGGCUCUGAUCUCCUGCAGACUCCAUCGUGUUGCCACUUUGGACUUGAUGUUUCGGCCUUUUUACAUCACGCUUGUAUCAAAGAGCUGUUUGAUAAUGAUAUAUGCAUCUUUUUCUGCUUUAGUAUUUGAAAACAGUGUUAUGGACGGCUUAAAAAUGAUCAGUUUGUCCAAUAUGAGUCAUUUUUUUAGAUCUCUGUACCAUCAGUCGUCUUUGUGCAAUCAGAGGAGUCGCCCCCUGCUGGCUGUUAGAAGUAAUGCAGAUUUAUGGUUCACUUUCCUACUCAAAGUCUCCAUGGUUUAAGAUAUUGCCACAAAGUCAAAAUUCUCCCAAAAACCAUCUCAGAAAAAGUGCUGUAGUUUCCAUAACCCGUACACAUGACACACAGUUCCAAAGUUCACAGACUUUAUUGAGAUCAAACCUGAUUCAGAACAAGUAGAAAAAUACUAUUUCCAACUGCUUCACACACCGCUACCAGUGUGCUGUGAGUUGAUCCUUGAACAGAAGCUGCUUAAAUUAAAUUGAUGAGAUGAGAUGAGAAGGCCACUGUCUGGAUGAUAAUAUCCAUGAAAAGAAGACACCACACUGACACUAAUCCAAUCCACAGUAACGGAGCAGGUUGUCUGGUGUUUUAUCUUAGAUGACAAAAAAUACUCACCUGAAGCUGAAUUUCUGUCACAUGAUAGCCUCAAUAAAUAGUGUAUGUUUUAAGGUUUUGCUUAAGUGUGGGUAAGUCUAUUGCACAUAUGGAAGUAUUUUGGGUUUAAAAUCAUAUUCUGGAAUUUGUGGGAUAUUUACAGGAUAUUACCAACCUUUCUAUCAAUGCAAUUCACACACAGGCGUGCUGCAACGGGUAAAUCUGUUAAUUACCAAGCUAAAGUUAAUUUACCAAACUAAAGCGGUGAUGUGCGACAUUGCAUCUUUAGAGUUUGUGAUACCGUGACAGAAAUACAACAAAAAGCAACUAUGAGCAAUUAACAUUCAAAAUAUGAAUCUACAGAGAAUGCAACACUGCAACAGCGAGCUCACAGUGGGCAAUGACAUUUUGUUUUUUCCAUUCUCAAACAGAUUAUGUACUGAAGUGUUGGCUCUGAUUUGUGACACAAAUAAACACGUAGUAUUGUU